CCUGGCCCUCACCGUGCGGGGCAAAGCACAGACUUCCUGUUUCGCCCACUGGUAUCUCCCUGCCUUUCUCCCCGUCUCCCAGGAGCCAUCCCUGGCCAGGCCCUGGACCCGGAAGGGGGCAGAAACAGGUAGCAAUCUCAGCAUCCAGAGUGUUGCCGCAUUCCACCCCAAACGGCUAACUCAUUCAUUAUUCAUUGUACAAGUGACUAGAGGUAGUUGGGAAGCUAGUGGAAAAGAGAAAAUCAGGAGAUUCACCAUGACCAGGGCCUUGGAAGAGGCUCUUCUACAGCACUUUAUACAUCAGAAGCUGGAGAUUGCUUAUGCCAUAAACAAGCCAUUUCCCUUCUUCGAAGGCCUCCGAGACAACUUCUUCAUCACUGAGAGACAGUACAGGGAAUCUCUGGAAGCCAGUAGAAAUCUGAUCCCUUUACCCAGAGUCGUGUACAACAUCCUCACCCAACUGGAGACCACGUUUAGUCUGUCGUUUCUGGAGAUGUUGUUCAGCCGAAUAAACCUGAGUGAAUACCCCAAACUGAUGACGACUUUCAAGAGCUUCAAAAAGGUUGUCAUUUCCAAAGGAGGGUGGAGUGGAAUCGUAACGACGCCUCUGGAAGCCCCAGCCAACCCAGCAGGAAGGAGCUCCCUCCGGGCCCUGCUGCAGCUGCCCCCUUGCCAGCACCCCCCGCCGAGACACCCACCCAGUGUCAGCGAGCCUGGAGCAGCAGCCCAGCGCAGCGCUGAGAUCCUCAACGAGCAGCCCAGUCUUGCUGGCCUCACUGUGGCUCUCCCCGAAAUCAUCCAGGAAGGAAGGCUCACUCCGGUGUCCAGUGACAACCUGAUCUUCCAAAUAGAAGAUGAAGAAGACACUCAAGAGAUGCCCUGCGCUCCCUCAGCUCCCGUGCCAGUGAUAAGAGAGGAUGCUCCUGAACCAAGUGACCCAAAGGAGCUCCAGGAGGCAUCCAGGACACUGCCCAGCAAGAAAGGAAAGAAGAGAAAAAGAAAUAUCUGGGCAACCUCAAAGAGGAGACACCAGAAAAAAAGACUCCCGAGAGGGGCAGCCUUACCUGGACAUGGAAUCCAAAAGACGCUCCAAGUGGUGGAUCAGGUGACUCAUAGGGAGGACGACUCAACCAGGAACACAAAGGUCAUGAGAAGGGCACAAAAGGGAAGUAUGGAAUGUGCCCAAGCACCUGCACCAGAGGAGAUCAGUGUCGACACUUCAGAAAUGGAUGAAGGAAAGAGACCCCAGGAGCCACCACCAAGAAUCACCCACGACAAAGAUUCCACGGAGGAAGGAAGUAAACUGUCUGUGGAUAAAUCUCCUAGGGAAAAGCAAAGGAAGAGAAAAAUACAUAGCUGGUCAAGUUCAAAAAAAAGACAGAAAAAAAGCCUCCCAAGAGGGGCACCCUUACCUGGAUGCAGAAUCCAAGAGAUGCUCCAAGUGGUGGAUCAGGUAACUCAGAGUAAGGACAACUCAACCAGAAAUUCAAAGGUCAUAAAAAGGGCCCAGAAAACAAGGGCUGCACAUGCCCAAACGCCUGCACCAGAGGAAAAACCCGAAGAUGAAGCUCUGGAUUUUCACUCUCCUAAACUUCCUGUGACCUGUGGUAAAGCAAAGGGGAUUUUAUAUAAGGAGAAAAUGAAACAAGGAUCCUCAGUGAAGUGCAUUCAGAAUGAGAAGGGACUUUGGUUCACACCAAGAGAAUUUGAAAUUGAAGGACAAAGAACACAAUCAAAGAACUGGAAGCGGACUGUGCGUUGCAGAGGAAAGACCCUGGAACAGCUGCUGAAGAAAGGACUUUUGCUCUGUCCUCCAAGAAAAAGUCUCAAGAGAGGUAAAUAGCAGGUGAAUUUCUACCACACUCUCAGUCGCCAUGUUGCAGACCUUCUGUGUCCCAAGGCUUGCCUGGGAGUUCUCAACUUUCCCAGCCUCGAGUCACCUUCCCAUUUCGGCACUGCAGCUUCAUGACAACUGCUUUAGCACACUGGUACAUGUACAUGCCAGCAUUAUUUUCAAAGUUAAUUUAAGAUGGGGAAGCAAAUAACUCUUUAAAAUAAAGAUUAGGACAAAAGCAUAUGUUUUAGGAAAAGAUCUGUAUAUUUGGAUGAGUACUAACAAAAGAUGUCAAAAAUAGAGGGCUCUAGUUUGAAAAGUAAAUACAGUAUUGAAAUAGACAAGAACAGUGUAAGAAAGAGUAAGAAGAUCAUCCUUGAUUAAAAUCCAGGUAUUCCUCAAUUCAACAUGCUCUUUAUUAGUAGCACCAGAAUGGAAUAAUGUGUUUGAACUGAGCUUUGUCUCUGCACAGCCUCCCUCUAGGUGAAAAAGGCAGUCAUCCGUUGGCUGCACCCGCUGCUCCUCCUCUGCCGUCCUUACUUGCUUAGAUACAUCUUCCAGUCCCGAGUCCUCUUCAUGAGCUUCCCGUUAGAUAUGAACCUCCAACAGAGGCAAUGGUGCCUCUCCCAUCUCACCCUCAAGGUUAGCCUGACCCUUAGCUGAAUUCAUUCAAAGUUUAUAAGGCAAUGGUCCCCCAAAGCUGCUUAUUAUAUAAACCAUCUUUUCCAUGCUGAUUUGAAAUAUCUUGAUAUGUUUAGGGAGCCUCCUUGUAAUAGCAAAAAAAAAAAAAAAUAGGGAAGAUACAGAUGUCCAUCAGUAUUCUAAAGUAAACUGAUACAUCAGCAGAAUAAUACUUUUAAAAAAUGCAUGGUUUGCAGGAAUUGACACAUUCUUCAGUCAAUGGAAAACUACCACCCAAGGGUUUUAAGGCCAAGAAAGCUUCAGGAACCGUAAACUGGUAAUAACAUGCACGGAAGGAGCCUAGUUUUGUUUACAUGAAUAUGUAGGGCUAUGGCUAAAAAAAAAAUCUGAAAGAAUAAGUUAUUCUGGGAUGGGAUGAAAGGGGACAUUUGCCUUCCAUAUUAUAUAUUUAUGUACAGGUGGACUUUUUAUAAUGAUCAUUAAUUACUUUUGUACCAGAAACAAAAUAAAGAUAUUUAAAAUCCAGAUCAUUAAUUAAUGGCCCCAAUAUAAUAUUAUAAUUCCUUCUUUCUCAUAAUGCUACAUGUCAGCAAAUGAUAGCCGGGCGCACACUUGACCUGACCUUUCAGUUCCCCCAUCAGGAGCCCCACUGAGGUAAAGAUAACAAAGUUUAGUUCUGACCACAAAUGGAUCAAUGGAGGCCUUUCCCCAAUGAUCCAACACGUCACUGUCGCUCUGCAGUAUACCUAGUCUUCCUUGGGUCUAGCUCUGUUUGUGUGGACCAGCAGGAUACCUGGUGCUGAUACUACAAACACGUGUUUUGUGGCUCCCCUGCAGGGUGCUGCUCCCUUCAUCCAAGGCAAAAUGGGCAGCUCAGGGCCUGUGAGAGCCUUCACCUCUGAGAGGGCCCAGAAUGCAGCCACAAGUUGCUACACUAAUGGCAAUAGUAUGGGACUGGUAGUUUUUACUUUUGUUUUUUGGUGGCUUUUUUUUUUUUUUUUUUUUUGGACACAUUCCAGAGCCUUUUGUUGAGAGGGUCCCCAUUCAAGUGGGCUGAUUUGCAAGUAACAGCUUAAAUGAGUAUAAGUAAAAUCUGUAAAUGAGGACUAUGUUAUCUUCAGAACUCAAAAGGUGUAAAAAAGUUGGGCAGUUGUUGUAGGGUUGAGUAUUGAGAGGCUCACUCAUUGUUUCUUGACAGUGUCAGGGAUGGAGUAGCCCUCAACUAACCAAACAAUGCCCAGAAAUUUGCUGAGCUGGUAGGGCCUUGUAUUAUGUGUGGGGUGAUGACCCUUCCCUUCCCCUGAGUUCCUUCUGAGUGGUUGGAUAUUCUGAGUGAGAAUGUCAAAUGAGAAGGAUGUCAUCAGUGUGGUAUCAUACCUGUGCUCCUGGGGGAGUCGGAUGCCGUUACAAUCGUGCCUGCAGACUGUGUGUGAUGGCAAAACUGUCAAGGUACCCCAUGGCAGCCAGGUAAAAGUGUGUUGUAUCCCUGCAAAGGUGGAGGCCAGCUGCAGCUGAGAUGCUAUUGAAAUAAGCACUGAACAGAACAUUAUUUAGCCAAAUCUGUGACAGUAAAGCAUUUACCAGUUGCUAAGUGGAUGGCAUCCGUAAUUGCGAUAAUAUUGCAUAUAGGGACCUUAAUGAGUGGGGCUCCUUUGUGACUAAUUGUAUCCCAUUAAAUUCAGAGUCUGUUUUUUAA